AUGCAGGUCCCCCUCCUCCGCCUCCAGUGCGGCGUCAACUCGUACGAAUGGGGGAAAAGGGGGAGCGAGUCUGCCGCCGCAAGGUUCGCGGCCGCCACGCCGUCGGAUGGGCUGAGCAUCCAGGCCGACAGGCCAUACGCAGAGCUGUGGAUGGGCACUCACCCUUCAAACCCCUCGAAAGAUGUCAAGACGGGCCGAACGCUCCUCGAUCUCUGCUCCGAGAACCAGCAGCUCCUCUCGUCAUCCGUGUCAGCCAAGUACGGCGCCAAACUUCCCUUUCUCUUCAAAGUCCUCUCCAUCAACAAGGCCCUAUCGAUCCAGGCACACCCCAACAAGAAGCUCGCCGAGCAGCUGCACGCUCGGGAUCCCCAAAACUACCCAGACGACAAUCACAAGCCGGAAAUGGCCAUCGCCAUCACGCCAUUUGAGGGACUCUGCGGUUUUCGGCCCCUCGGCGAGAUUGCCCAUUUCCUGGAGACUGUAGGGCCAUUGAGGGAGUUGGUUGGCGACGAGGUGGCCGGGGAGUUUGCCAAAAUCAUCAAGGGUGGCGAUGAGGGCCGCAACAAGGCGGUGCUGAAGAAGGCGUUUGGAGCGUUGAUGGCCUCCUCGGCGGAGCACGUCGCCAGGGGCGUCGGGAAACUAGUCGAGCUGGCAAAGUCGCAGGGCGCCGCGUUCGCGUCGGGCGGCGUCGAAUCUACAAACGGCGAGGUCCUUUCGGAGCUCGUCACGCGUCUGCAUGGACAGUUUGGCGAGGAUAUUGGCAUCUUCGUCCUGUUCUUCCUCAACCUUGUCAAGCUGCAGGCUGGAGAGGCGCUGUUCCUCGUGGCGGAUGACAUCCACGCCUACCUAUCGGGCGACAUCAUCGAGUGCAUGGCGGCGUCGGACAAUGUGGUCCGGGCCGGACUCACGCCCAAGUUCAAGGACGUCGCGACGCUCGUCGACAUGCUGACAUACAACUACGCGCCGAUCGACGAGCAAAAGAUGGCGCCCACGGACUACCCCUACGCGAAGUUGAACCGCGCCGCCUACAGCUCCGGCUCGGCGGUAGACCUGUACGACCCGCCGAUUGACGAAUUCGCUGUGGCUAGGACGGUGCUCAAAGGGGCCGGGGCGAAAGCUACGUUUGAGCCGCUCGAGGGACCGAGCAUUGUGAUUUGCACGAAUGGCAAGGGCAAGAUCAGCGUGGGACCGACGGUUUACGAGGUCGGAGAGGGACAUGUCUUCUUUGUGGGUUCGACGGCCGAGUGUGUGCUCGAGGCCCAAGGCGACGAGUUUAUUACGUUCAAGGCGUUUUGCGAGGUCGAUGGCGGCAGGGAGAGAUUGUGA